CGCCGGGUCGCUGUUUGUUGUCAUCCCAAGAUGGAGUUCCUGCUGGGGAACCCGUUCAGCACCCCGGUGGGGCAGAGCCUCGAAAAGGCCACAGAUGGCUCUUUGCAGAGUGAAGAUUGGACACUUAACAUGGAGAUCUGUGACAUUAUCAACGAGACAGAAGAAGGUCCAAAGGAUGCCAUUCGAGCACUGAAGAAGAGGUUGAAUGGAAACAAAAAUUACAGAGAGGUCAUGCUGGCUCUGACGGUGUUGGAGACCUGUGUGAAGAACUGUGGCCAUCGCUUUCAUGUCUUAGUGGCAAACCGUGACUUCAUAGAUGGAGUUCUGGUGAAAAUCAUCUCGCCCAAGAAUAAUCCCCCAACUAUUGUACAGGAUAAAGUGCUAGCACUGAUUCAGGCUUGGGCUGAUGCCUUUCGAAGCAGCCCUGACUUAACUGGUGUAGUGCAUAUUUAUGAAGAACUCAAGAGGAAAGGCAUCGAGUUUCCCAUGGCAGAUCUUGAUGCUCUGUCUCCAAUUCACACACCACAGAGGAGCGUCCCUGAAGUCGAUCCUGCAGCAAAUAUGCACAAUUCCCAGUCUCAGCAGAGGAUGAGCACCAGCUCUUAUUCUUCGUCUUCUCCAACGGCGUUUUCUGCUCCUCAGGCCCCAGCUCUGAACGUGACUGGUCCCAUCACUGCUAAUUCUGAACAGAUCGCCCGGCUGCGCAGUGAACUGGAUAUUGUUCGUGGGAAUACAAAAGUGAUGUCUGAAAUGCUGACAGAAAUGGUACCUGGACAGGAGGAUUCCUCAGACCUUGAGUUACUCCAGGAGCUGAACCGAACCUGUAGAGCUAUGCAGCAGAGAAUUGUGGAGCUGAUCUCAAGGGUGUCCAACGAGGAAGUCACAGAGGAGCUGCUGCAUGUGAAUGAUGAUUUAAACAACGUCUUCCUCCGAUACGAAAGAUUUGAACGAUACAGAUCGGGGCGUUCAACACAAAAUGCCAGCAAUGGAGUACUGAAUGAGGUGACAGAAGAUAAUUUAAUAGAUUUGGGUCCUGGCUCUCCAGCUGUAGUGAGCCCCAUGGUAGGAAACUCAGCACCCACAUCUUCACUUUCCUCACAGCUUGCAGGGCUUGACUUGGGUACAAACAGUGUCAGUGGCACACUCAGCUCUCUACAGCAUUCCAAUCCUCGUGAUGACUUCGACAUGUUUGCACAGACAAGAGGCAGUUCCUUGGCUGAGCAGCGAAAGAACGUGACGUAUGAGGAUCCACAGGCUGUCAAAGGACUGGCGUCUGCCCUGGACGUUCGAAAACAGAACACAGGAGGGAUCCCUGUUGCACAGUCCUCUGUCAUGGAUGACAUUGAGGAGUGGCUCAGUACCGACUUGAAAGGAGAUGAACUGGAAGAAGGAGUGACCAGUGAAGAGUUCGACAAAUUUUUAGAAGAGCGAGCCAAAGCGGCGGAGAUGGUUCCCAAUCUGCCAUCCCCUCCCCUGGAAGCCCCAACCCCUCUGACAAACCCUGCCAGCAGGAAAAAGCAGGAGCGUUCGGAGGAUGCCCUCUUUGCACUGUGAAGUUUGCUCCUGCCCACCCCCUGCUCUGCAGCCCAACCUCGCUGUACAGCCUCUUGGUCCUCUCACAGUACUUGGCUAACAACGACCCCCAUCCCCUCAAUUCCAUAGAUUCCUUCUCCUUCCCCCCCAAACAAUCCACCCCCACAAGCUGACUCUUUCUAUUUAAGUCCAACACUGUUCCUGCCAGACCACGAUUCUCCAGCACUCACUUAAUCCCCUCCUUCCUAUCCCAGCUGCACAAAACCAGCUCUUGAUGCUGAAAACCCCUUUAGAAUGCAUGAGUACAUCACACUGUGUUGAAACAAAAGCCCGGAGGGGAGAGAGCAGCCUUGCCCUUCAGUUUCUGUAGGGAUCAUCCUCUUCUGUAGGCAGGUCCUGCCAAGUAGGCUGCUCUGUCGAUCAGCAUGUAAUUGACUGAGCUGGAAUGUUCAGGGGGAGUGUGUCUUUAUUUUUAGGUAAAAUGGUAAUGCAUUGGCUUCCGUGUCGGAUUCGACAGCAAGGAACAACUGUUCCCCUUUCAACGUGUGCUUCACAAGUUAAAAUCCUUUCCUCUCCCACUCACACAUCUCCUGGUACCAUAUGGUGGUCGCUUUUCCCCAUUUUGUGCAGUUCCUCAUAUUCUAAAUCUCACAGGGUAUUUUUUUCCUUGUGUUUUAUCAGGGCUUGCUCUAGUUUGAAAGCAGUCUGCUGGCCAUGUCCAGUAGCUCUGGCAGUUGACAGGAAUUAAAAACUCUGAGCUAAAUGGAUGCUGUAACAUUAGUGCAUGAAGCAUUUUGCUCUUUGGGAGAGCAUUCUCACGUGAGGAUUUUUUUUUUCUAGCGUGUUUGCCUUUUAAAUAGCUGGGUUAUUUUUUUCCUUACCUUACAUUCCUUCUUCAGUGACUGCAUUUGUCUCAGCUGUUGUAAAUAACAUCUGUGCAGAUGGAUGGGACUUGCUCAUGGACCGGGUGUGAUCUGAGGUUCCUGGAUUCCCCGCCGUGCCGGGUAGGAUUGACGUGUGCUGCUUCUUGGUGGUAGGGCUGAGAAAAAGAGGCAAACCUCACAGAGGCUUGUCAGAAAAUGAUGAGGGUUACCAAGGAGGGAUUAGCCAUGCUUGCCUGGGCUGGAGGUGAAGCUCCCCAUUUCCAUCUAGGUUUGGGCCUGAGAAAGUGUCAGAUGAUUGUGGCUGUGCAAUGUGUCAUGUUCAGAGUGUCCUGUGAUACCUCUGCCCCUUCUUUAACUCCCAGCUCCUAUGGGGCUGCACUCUCCCUCCUGCCUGUGCAAACAAGCAUGUUCCCUUGCUUGCCAGAGGCAUGGCUGAGAGUGCUGCUCCUUCUGGAGCUGCCAGAAGAGAUUCCAGUGUGUGUGCCUGUCUGGCUGAGCUGACAAGCAGAGCUGGAGCAGGCAGCUCCAGCCAUUGCUGCAUUCCCCAGCAUGUUCCUUGGUAGGAAGCCAGUAGCACAAGAUGGCAGGAUCAAAGAGUGAGCUGAACAUGGUGUGGCUGGGAGAAGCUCCUGUCCUGGCAGAGAGUCACCAUCUCAGAUGAACGCCCAUGCAGGCAGCAGUGCUCCAGUUCCUCUUCCUUGGGGCGCUCGUUGUCUGAGGUAACCAGACACUUGGUUCUGAUUUGGAAAGUUGGAGCUCCCCUGGAUGCUGAUGUGUGUUGAGCUUUCUCAGAAGUUGUUCUAGACCAAGAAGCUGUGCUAUAAACAGCUGAUGUGAAAGUGAUAGAAGCUUUUAUCCCAGCGUAGUUAUUUUGGCUCUUAACAUACUCUCUAGGGUACGUCAUGCCUUGGUAGGCUGUGACACAUAAAACCUUUUCCCAAAUGGCCCCACGGCAGCACUGAUGGUCUUUGAGAGCGGUCACACUGAUCUUUAGAGGGAAGUGUUGUUUGGUGCAGGAUUUCCAGGCUGUCCCAGAUCAGAUGUCACUUUGUGCUGUCCCUGCUCAUCCUCUCGUCUGUCUUGCUUUCAUCCUCUGCCAGGAUCCCUCCCUGUGUAGCUGAGCCCAGGCCAGGCUGCCCAUCCACCCCUCAGUGCUGGCACCUCCAGGCUGCUCUGUAGCUCACUGCUCCUGCCAGCUCUUCACCUUACAGAAAGUAGCAGAGCUUGCAAAUGGAAGGGGAAAAUCAGUGUGGGUAAUGGCAGGUGCUAGGACCGGCUGCCAUGGCUGCAUGUGUGCAGCCCAGCUGCUCUCACCCACUGCUCUCAGCAUUUAACACAAGCUGAGCCCCUGCUGCCAGCUCUUGCCAGACCCUGCCUUGCUGCAACACAUCAGAUGUGGCCACCAGUUCCCAGAAACCUUGAGGAGGCUUCUGUUGUGGUGCUGAUUUGAUUUCAGACAAUGUCUGGUGAUUGCCUGAGCAGCCUUGCCAGCGCGGAAUGAAUUGUUGGUAUUCCUGUCGAUGCAAAAAGCUCUGUGGGUGUUUUAAGUGUGUAUUUUCUCUUCUAAAUCCUUGAAACACAUUGACCCUGUAAAUGGCCACAUCAGGUGAUUCUGAGCAUGUUAAUCCAGCUUCCCUGCCAAGCCAGAGGAGAUAAUCGCAUUGCUGAAGCGCGGGGACUUUGUCAAAUGAUGCUGAGUGGCAAGGAUAUCACCAGCACUGUCACUGAGCCCCCCUGCAGGGUCGGAUUUGCUGGUCCUCUUCCCCCACCCCUUAGCAAAAAGCAGUAGGAGGGGGUGUGUGUGUGUGCUGUUAACACUUCUUUCUGUCAUGCUAAACCUCUCCUGGGACUUGCAAGUUGUUGCUUUAGAGAGAAGCUGGUCCCUUUCCGGAGGAUUUUGCAGAGCUGUCAGUGACUGCUCCUUCCAGCCAGGGAGGAAAAGAGAUGGAAGAAGAAGGCUGGGGCCAAGGGGAGAUAAGGAGCCUGUGUUGACAGGACUGGAGGGAUUCUCUCCUGUGCUUGCAGCCUCAGGCACUGAGUGGUCCUCACUGGCAGCCGUGGUACCCACUGGGGAGCCAGGGCACUGCAUGCAGGGGGUGACAGGCGGUGUGGGCACAAGUGGUGGCUUUGCUGGAAGUAGGGCAGGGCUCAGGAGAUGCCUUCUCUGGAAGGAAACGCCUGCUCAGGGGGCCCUUGGUGGGCCUGGUGAAAGCAAAGCCCUGCUGGGAGUUACAUUUGGAGCCUGAAUCCACCAGACCUGGCUCUCCAGGCUGAUCACACUGGGGCUGGGAGCAGCAACAGGGUCAGAACCGUGUGGCAGAGCUGAUGGUUUAGCCCAGACCUUCUUUAACAAAUUUAAGAGCUACACUAGAGCUUCCCUAAUGUCCUGUAUCAGGAUCUCUCAUCUUCCCCAUCCUCUUGUGGUCUGCAGAAAACCUGAGCGGUGGAAACGGGGGGAAAGGGAAGGGGGUUUUGUGACUUCAUGAUUUACUCUUCCUUUGCUUUCACUCUUAAGUGCUUCCUCUGUGCAGGUGGGCAGAGGACUUGUGUGGCUCUGAUGCUUGUGAGAAGCCUGAUCAGCUUUCCAUAAGAAAUAACAUCCCGAUGCUCUCUAGGCCUAUUAGGAAUUGCAGCUUGACACUCAAUGACACUAAAUUAUUACUGGGGUCCUUUGUAAGUUCUAAUGAUACACUAUUCUAGGUUAAACUAUUUAUUUUGUCAAUAUUUUUUCCUUCCAGUGUGUUUUUUAACCUCUUCUGUUAACCCGUCAUGUGCUGAGAUGUAAGAAAUGAAUGGUUUCUAUUUAAAUAUAUCCUUUCUGUUUGUUUUUGUUUUGUUUUUGUUUUUUUUAAAUUGCUAUGUGUAGAUUUCAGCUGCAUCUUUAGCAGGUGUCAUAGGUAAUAACAAUGUGCUGUACAGACAUUUAGGGUGUUAGGAUGUAAGUAAGGCUCAUAGGAGAACUGCUCAUAAAAACGUAACGUGGUGUCUCUUAAAGGGAACAGCAUAAAGGUCCUUACAGGACCCUCAUGUAGCCUCCAACAUACUUUUCCCCUUCCAAUCACCACAGCCCCUGUCUCAGCUCCACCCUUUCCAGGGCUGUUUUUACACCUCCAAGCUGAAGAAGGAUUUUAGUGGGGUUUCUGUUGAUUUGACUUUGUUCAGGGUACUUUUGUUUGGUUUAUUUUUUAAUCCAUUGACCAUUUCCACUUCUCAACAGAGGACUUGGUGGGGCUGGCUGUGGUGGCCAGAUGUUUCUUUCCAGUGAUGGAAGAACAGACCUGGGUGGUGGUUUCAGCCCUGGGGCUGAGGUGGUGGUCUCACUCCUGUGGCAACCUGGCCAACCCAGCCUAUUCCUGUUCCUGUUCCUCUCUGCUUGAUGCUCUCCUGGUGUCAGCUCUGAGGAUGGGACAUGCAGACCAGGGGAGCAAACACAGCAGGAUUUUCAGCAGGAUUUUCCAUCCCAUGACUACUCAAGUCUUUUUUUGUAGCUGCUGGGAGUUCUGUGGAGGGGGAACUGCUUGUGCUAUCUCCAUCCCCAGGUCUGCCUCAUCCAGCUCAGUCAUUGUUUACCUCCUAAAUGCUAACCACAAGGUUUGCUGAGCCCACCCUGGAAAAAAAAAACAGCUCAGGACAGUUAUUUUUAUGGAAAUAAUGGAGCAGGCAAUCAGUGAGUGGAUUUAUAACCUUCUUGGAGGUAACCCUUCAGCUGCUGGGGGCACCCCUCUGCCCUUGCCCACCAGCAGAGGACAGGAGGCAGGAAUCCCCUUCCCAGUGCCCAAAGGCAUUGAUGGUGCCCUCAGAGCACCUUCCACUCAUCCCUCCCAAACAGCAGCCCCCGGAGUGGGUUGCACCUUCCCACUCCAUGCCCCGGGUUGCUCUUCCAUCCAGGAGAGAGGUGAGGUGGCAUCUCACUGGCUCUCAAGCCGUGCUGAGCCCAGGGCUGGUUCUCUUUAGCCUAUGGCAAACCUAUGCCAAACUCCCCACCCUGCUCUGUCUUUUUAUGAGUACAAGCUCCUCAUUCUGUAUAUGUUAUUAUGAGCUGUCGUUAACCCUACAAAUGUAACCUGUGUAAUAGCUUCUCUGUAUAUUACAGCUGUAGGCUUUCCAGAUAAAAGUGGAUAAUAUUUAUUUACUGAAGAUACUGGAUAUUUUUCUCUUUGGGAAUGGGGUAGGGGGAGAAUGGGGGACAUAACUGUUUAAAGCGAUGGACUGUGUAAAGAGAAACAAAAUACACAACAAACAGAGAAACCCAACACUAAACUGUUGCUGUAUUCACGUGGGAAUUGUUUCCAUUCAGGACAAUACAACUGUAUUAAUCUGCCAUUGUUUAACUUGCUCCAGAAAUCAUCUCAACUUUGGUUCCUGCAUGUGAGAUACUCCAAUAAAUACACUACUAGUGUGACCUGGA